AUGUCAGACGAGGGGGUAACUACGAAUUCACAGAAUUAUGUACAAGAGGACACAGCAAGGGCGUUUACAGCCGAGUGCCAUCGUGUUGGGAUCACCACAGAGGAAGUCGUUGAUUUCUAUACCAAAUGGGCCAUGAAUGGCAAAUACGACCAGGAUUUGCGUUUUGAGCAGUAUGAGGGACCAGUCAUUGCAGCAAACGCAGUGGCAGAGUACUUCAGGGAUGAUAUACCCCAGACUAAAGUAUUAGAUGUUGCCGCAGGAACAGGCCUUGUAGGCGAACAGCUUCAGGACCACGGAUUUAAGCACCUGGAUGCUCUAGAACCAGCUUCAGGGAUGUUGGAACAAGCCAGGAAGAAGAACAUCUACACCAAAAUCUAUUGCGAGUUCCUGAACAGUAAACCCCUCCCAAUAGAUGACGGAUCGUACGACUGCAGUGUAUCAUGUGGUGGUAUGGGAGAAGGACACAUUCCACUGCACGGGUUCUACGAACUAAUUCGAGUGACCAAACCAGGGGGUUUAGUCUGCAUCGUGAUGAAGGAAUCAUAUCUCUCACAGUGCAAGGAAUACAAGGACGGACUGGAGCAGCUGAUGAAGGAACUGGAGGAUGCUGGGAAAUGGGAAAGAUUGUCACGUGAUGUCGUGCCAAAAUACGCAUUUGGCGAAAAUGGUGUUAUGUUCAGAUUCAGGAUAUGUAAUAGAAACUAA